GCCCAGAAACACAACCCAGAACCAAGAAGGCAAUUCUCCAGUCUGAACUCAUAGCAUUCAAAAAGAUGGUGGGUCUAAAGCCUUCUGACAUCCCUCCUACCCCAGCUGUUAAAUUCAUUGGUGCUGGCACAGCCGCCUGCAUAGCGGAUCUCUUCACCUUUCCACUGGACACAGCCAAAGUCAGGCUUCAGAUUCAAGGAGAGACAACUGGGUCUGCAGCUGUCAAUGGAAUCCGGUACAAGGGAGUCUUUGGAACUUUAAGCACAAUAGUGAAGACUGAAGGACCCAAAAGCCUGUACAAUGGAUUAGUAGCUGGGCUCCAGAGACAGAUGAGCUUUGCUUCCAUUCGCAUAGGUCUUUAUGACACAGUCAAGCUCUUCUACACCAAUGGCAAAGAAAAAGCUGGAAUUGGAAGCAGGAUACUAGCUGGAUGCACAACAGGGGCACUUGCUGUAACCGUAGCUCAACCCACAGAUGUGGUAAAAGUCAGAUUUCAAGCCCAAGCCAAUCUUCAUGGAGUCAAAAAGAGAUACAAUGGCACCAUGGACGCCUAUAAAACCAUAGCCAAAAAAGAAGGAAUAAAAGGCCUUUGGAAAGGAACUUUUCCAAACGUGACAAGGAAUGCCAUAGUCAAUUGUACUGAACUGGUGACUUAUGAUUUGAUAAAAGAAAAUCUGCUUCACCACAAACUAAUGACAGAUAAUCUUCCAUGCCAUUUUGUGUCAGCUUUUGGGGCUGGGUUCUGUACUACAGUUAUUGCCUCUCCAGUAGAUGUUGUAAAGACCAGAUAUAUGAAUUCCCCUCCAGGCCAGUACAAAUCAGCUUUAAACUGUGCCUGGACUAUGAUCACCAAGGAGGGACCUACGGCUUUUUAUAAGGGUUUUGUACCUUCUUUUCUACGGCUGGGAUCCUGGAAUGUGGUAAUGUUUGUGUCUUAUGAGCAGCUGAAAAGAGCAAUGAUGAUGUCAAAGCAGAGAAUGGAAUAUGCAGUGUGAUCAUAAGAAUGAAAAGAAGACCAUGAAAAGACUGGACUCCAGGAUCUACUUCUUAUAGUUCACUGGCCUGACUGACUCCAUAUUGCUGUAGCCAGUCCGAAAACUCUCCUUAACUGUUCCUGAGUUAGUGAGUGUUCAUCAUUAAUGCUAUGUCAUGGCCAGAAUAAGCUUGUGCUUGUCUUUAGUAGGAUAUCAGUAUGUUAGCUGUACUUGCAGUACAUAUUAAAUCUCUAGGAGGCAGGAGACAUAAGAAUAUUAUAUGCAAGAUCUUGAAUUCCAGCAAUCCCCAACCUGUGGACAUUCAGUAUUAGGUAAUUUGCAAUUACCCAAGAAGCUAGAUGAUUUUAUUGGUUUCAACAGUAACUGGAUGCUGGCAAAAUGUAUUAUUUUAGAAUUUCUGACAUUUUAUUUGCAUUAAGUUAAAGCCAAUUUCUUCUACAUAACGUUAGCAAACAACGAUUGCAGUAGCUACAAAGCACUUUAUGUUUGGUAACUUAAUCCCAAGACACAUGCCCUAUUAUUUAAAUACUGCAGUCCAUAUAAGUCGAAAAUAGAAGCCCUGAAAAUGAAUCCCAGACACAAACAGAUUUUUUACAUUAUUUAACCUUUACGAUGAGGAAUGUGGACUCGCUCUUUAAAAACGUUUAUUUUUUUAAAACAUUUUUGUUAUAUAAAUUAAAUACAGUAACUGAUCAUAAAAAUAAAACAUCAGUUGUUU